UUUGCUAAGUUUGUUCUUUUCUUCUUUUUCGUUAAGAAAAACUAAACGCAAAGGAGAAUUUUAUCUACGAUAUUGUUCCUACAGAACUUAUCAAAGACAAAAUAGAUUCAUCUAUUACUGUUGUCCCUCUAGAAGCGAAUGAUAGUGACACCAGAUCUGCUAAAAUCGGAGUUUUAACACAGAAACAACCAAGGCAAACGUAUCAAAGCAGUAUGAUAAUUUCACCACAUUCAAAAAUAUUUCGUGAUCUAAUAAAAAUAAGUGGUUCUGACAUUAGCGAUACUGAAAAAAAAUCUUACUGUAGUCCUAUAAAUACACCCAGUAAAAGUGAAGACAUCAAGGAUAAGAACGAAUAUGAUGGUAUUUUAUCUACAGUCCUAACGAAUAUCAAUACUGGUGAUGUUUCAACAAGAACUAACGUACUCGGAUAUAAUCGAAUAAAUUUCAAUGAAGUCGUCUGUGAGGAUGAACUAAAUGGUUCAAAAAGUAAUGAAAUUCCAGGUUUAGUUUGCUUACCGCCGAGUAAAAUACCGGUUCCCAACAUUCGACAAACAAAAUGUGCUUCCUGGUCUGGAUCAGAUUUAACAGCAGCGUUAUCACUGGUGGGAACAGGUUCGUACUCCGUCACAACAACAAUUCAGGAAUCCGAGUUGACAAGAAAUAAUGAAAAAAAUUGGGAGAACUGUACAAACCGAACAUCCAAUGAUGUUAGAGGCGCUAACGUAAAUCAAAGCACAACUUUGACGGAUUUAACACCAGCUUUACGAAAAAGACGGGAGUCGCAGAAAUAUCUGACUGAUCCUGGCCAAUUAAACCUGCGAUUUGCAAUUCCACAUUCUCGUCAUACUAGUCGAAAAUGUGGGGUGCCAACCAUUUUGCUGGGACAUUUUGAAGAUAAUUCAUCAGAUAACAGUGAAGAGCUUCAAGUUUUUAAGCAAUCUACCAGAAAUUACGAAAAUAAUGUUAAAGUUAAUGUCCAAAAUUUAAAUUCCAUUAAACAUCAACAAUCUCAGAGUCAAAUGCAAAAUCAAGAAAUACGUCAGAAUGAGGAACAGUUGUUGUACAAUGUGGUUACAGAACUUAAAUUAUCUGAUAAAAAACGUAAUGAUAUUAUACCGCCACCUGGUGCUCCAAAACUAGAAAAUAGUGCCCGCUUGCGUCGAUAUAAACAUAAUGUAGAUUAGUCUCGAAAAUUGUACCUAGCUACUAUAUUUAUCAUAAGUAUUUGAACAUAUAGAAAAUACUCCUUUAGCCGUGGUUUUUACUCGCUAGGCAUUUGCUUAAGUUAAACUAUGGGUAUUAACAGUUGUCUAUAAUCUAAAGCAAAAAACGAAUGCCAUGGUUUAACAAUUAAAUUAAUAAAAUACUUGGCAAUUGUUUUCAAAGAAAUUGUUUUAAAUAUUAUUCUGAAGCUUAAAACGGAUAGGGUAAGGAAAUAUAUUGACUAAUAGAAAAAAAUUGUAAGUUGUUCCAAUAAAGGCAAAGUUAUGAAUAA